AUGGUACGUGAUCGUUUGAAUCUUAAUGAGAAUGAAGAUAUUAAGCUAAGGCUUUCAAAUCAUAGAGCGAAGGAUGGACGUAGAUAUAACUUUCCAACAGCAAGCGAAGUGGCUGCUAUAAUAAUUGGUGACAUAGAUGCUGAUAAAAGGGAUAUAGUAUUGGAAACACGGUCUGGUUGUUUAAAACGAAUUAGCGAGUUGCAUUUUUCUUACCUUGCCCUUCAAUAUCCUCUUUUGUUUCCAUAUGGGGAAGAUGGAUUUAGGCUUGGUAUAAAGCACAGAGCUGUAACCGAUGGUGUCACUCCUAAAAGAAGUAACCUUACAAUGUGUGAGUUUGUUGCUUACAGAAUGCAACAAAGGACGAAUGAGGUUUCUUUACUGCUUAUGGCAAGGAGGUUGUUCCAACAAUUUGCGGUAGACACUUAUACGAUGGUUGAGUCUCAACGUCUUUUUUACGUCCGUACACACCAAAAAACUUUCAGAGUUGCUCCAGAAAGCCAGUUAACAAACAGCCGAGAUGCUGGAAAUUCUGAUGCAUCUAAAACUGGUCAACGUUUCAUAAUACCAUCGUCAUUCACCGGUGGUGCCAGGUAUAUGAUGCAAAACUAUCUGGAUGCAACGACCCUUUGUAAAUGGUAUGGUUAUCCUGAUUUAUUCCUUACCAUUACUUGCAACCCCAAAUGGCCAGAGAUUCUUCGACUCUUGGAAAAACAUGGUUUAAACCCAGAAGACAGACCUGACAUAACAGCCCGUAUGUUUAAAAGGAAACUCGAUAUGCUUAUCACUGAUCUUAAAGAUAACAACAUUCUUGGUGCUGUCAAUGCCAUUGUUUAUACAGUUGAAUUCCAAAAACGUGGCCUACCACAUUGUCACGUGUGUAUAUUUCUUAAGGAGAAACUUCCCAAUCCCGAAGAUAUUGAUCGCCUCAUUUCAGCUGAACUUCCAAACCAAGAUGAUGAUCCGAUACUUUAUGAACUGGUGUCCGAAUUCAUGAUGCACGGACCAUGUGGUGAAGACAACCUUUCCUGCUCAUGUAUGCAUAAGGGUAAAUGCACAAAGAACUUCCCAAAGGAUUAUUCUGACUCCACAUACAUCGAUGACGAAGGAUUCCCAAAAUAUAUGAGGCGUAACGAUGGACGUAAAGUCAAAAAGGGCAAAACUUUUCUUGAUAACAGGAAUGUCAUUGGAUACAACGGUUCUCUUCUCAAACGAUACCAAUCACACAUUAAUUUAGAAUGGUGCAACCAACUUGGAUCAAUUAAGUACCUUUUCAAGUACGUCAACAAAGGGCCCGAUAGAAUUACUGCUGCUGUAUGCCGGCCAAAGACUGAUGCUGACACUGAAGAGCAUAACAAGAAUAAAGACGAAAUUGCAAAAUUUUAUGACUGUCGUUAUGUAUCUGCAUGUGAAGCAUGUUGGAGAAUUUUUGCUUUUGAGAUACAUUAUCAAACUCCAGCUGUUGAACGUUUGUCCUUUCAUGUUAAAGGCGGGCAACCCAUUACGUAUGACGGAGAAGAACCUAUUGAAGAGGUUCUUUCUAAACCUUCAAUAGGAAAGUCACAAUUCUUAGAAUGGUUUGAGUGUAACAAAAAUUAA